UUUCAUGCUCAACCCCCUGUGGUGAUGUAACUGGCGCAGCAGCAGUUGGAUUUUCAAACUGUUGGAAGUUCAAAUCUGUAAGACAAGUGAAAAUGGCAGACGCCAGCAUUAGUGUGGACUCUUCGGUGCUUGGCAACUCUUCAUCGUUUCUCAGAAAAGUUAUCCUCACAGCCUUUCAACUGAUCAACUGGAGAGAACCCAAACGCUCUGCAGCAGCCUUCGGCCUGUCCCUGUUGGUUCUCAUCUCAGUAGCAACAUUGUCAGUCAUCAGUGUGCUGUCCUAUCUGGUGCUGGCCUGCCUCUGUGUCACUAUCACCUUUAGGAUUUACAAAUCUGUGAUCCAGGCUAUUCAGAAGUCAGAUGAAGGUCAUCCAUUCAGGUCUCUUCUGGAAAAAGACAUCUCGAUUUCUUCUGAGGCCGUUCGAGAGCUGGGAGAUCAGUGUCUGCUCCACCUGAAUUGCUUCACCAGUCGAACUCGAAGACUUUUGCUUGUUGAAGACCUGGUGGAUUCUCUCAAGCUGGCCACUGUCAUGUGGGUCAUGACAUAUGUUGGAGGGAUGUUUAACGGUAUAACGAUUCUUAUCCUGGUUGAUGUCCUCAUCUUCAUCACACCCUUGAUUUACCAGAAGAAAAAGGGUCAGAUUGAUCAGCUUAUGGCAGUGUCUCGAUCCAGGCUGGAAGAAAUACUGCAGAAGUUGCAGGACCGAUUACCUGGAAAUGUGAAGAGGACCAAAGUUGAGUGACAUCUAAGCAAUUGUGUCUUUUCCCCCAGCCUUUGUUUAUUGUAGGAACUCAAUGGUAUCUAAUGUUGAGAUUAAGGCCGAUUUUCCAUACAUUCCCAGUGUUCUGGUUUGAUUUAGUCACAUUGAUCCUUAAUGUAUAUGUGUAGCAAGUUAAAGAAAUCAGGAAAGAAAAAUCUUACUGCUGUACAAUUUUUUUCUUUGAGAUUGCAACACAGUAAUAAUAAAUAAUAUAAAUUGUAUUGUUUUAUCAUGAACCCAAGGUCGCCGUACAUAAAAGUGAAAAUAAAAUUAAAAGCAAAAGAAUG